AAAAUAGAAAUCUUAGUCCAUACGAUUGUAGAACGUGGAGGCAUCAAAACGGUGCGGAUUUAAAACAUCGUUGAUCGUUCACUGUCACAUCGCCUUUCUCUUUCUGCUUGUUCCACUCCAUCACCAUUGUUCAUCUUCACCUUCACUCAGUAAGAAUGUAUAACAAUGUAAGGCCGCAACUCGGGAUGCCUCAAUUUCAGCCGCAACCCCCGACAAGCUCGCAACCUAAUGUGCUUGGGAGUGCAUUUAAUACCGCUGGGGCAGGACUCAUUCGAGGUGGAUUGGGUGCAUAUGGAGAAAAAAUAUUUGGGUCAAGCUCUGAUUACGUUCAAAGUAACAUAAGUCGGUAUUUCUCUGACCCACAGUAUUACUUCCAAGUGAAUGGCCACUAUGUUAAGAACAAAUUGAAGGUGGUUUUGUUCCCAUUCCUGCACCGGGGUCAUUGGACUAGAAUUACUGAACCCGUGGGAGGCAGACUGUCUUAUAAACCACCCAUUUAUGACAUAAAUGCACCCGACCUGUACAUUCCAAUGAUGGCAUUUGGUACCUACGUUAUUCUUGCUGGCAUCUCAUUGGGUUUUCAUGGAAAGUUUAGCCCUGAAGCUCUAAACUGGUUAUUCAUCAAGGGAUUGAUUGGUUGGGUUAUGCAAACUGCACUACUUAAAGGGACAUUGGUUUUAUUGGGCAGUGGGGAAGCAGCUAUAUUGGACAUGGUAUCAUAUGCUGGGUAUGCUUUCCCUGGCCUGUGUUUGGCUGUUCUGGGAAGAAUUUUAGGGGGUUACUCCUACUACAUUUUGAUGCCAUGGACCUGCUUAUGCAUGGGAGUAUUCUUGGUGAAAACAAUGAAGAGAGUCCUUUUCGCAGAGGUCAGGAGUUAUGAUUCAAGCAAACACCACUAUGUCUUGCUCUUUAUUGCUCUGGCUCAGUUCCUAUUCUUCACAUGGCUCGGAAAUAUAUAGACUGGUUACACUUGUGAUUGUGAAAUCACCACAAAGUUGACAUUUUUGUAGUUGUAUACCGGAGUCACUCUCGAUAAUCCUUGUGCUGUUUGACCUAUAGCAUUUUGUAUCUGUAGAUUCUGUGCUGUAUACCAUUACAACGAAGAAGAAAAAUCAAGUUGCAAGAGUGCCUUUAAUUGUGCUCUGAGUCUAAGAACAUUAUCCCUUUCUAUGUAAAGUUGUGAUCGUAGUAGUCCAGUCCAAUUACAAUGUAGAUAAAUGCUUGGAUUGACCCUACAUGAUUAUGCGCGCAUGGUGUAGUGUUACAUUAUUACUAUGAGGCACUCUUCCAUGACAAUGUAAUGUGUAUUUGGAUACAAUGCAAUGUGAACAAAUUUCCAUUUUUUUUUAAA